GCUUGAACGUAAGACUGCCUUGACAAAGGUGUUUGCUUCAGAAUGUACACUGAAGGUGAAGCUAAGAAAAUAGGACUGGUUGGCUGGGUGAAAAAUACCAGCAAAGGCACUGUGACAGGCCAAGUGCAAGGCCCUGAAGAGAAGGUUGAUUCCAUGAAGUCCUGGCUGAGCAAGGUUGGAAGUCCUAGUUCUCGCAUUGACCGCACAAACUUUUCUAAUGAAAAAAUCAUCUCUAAACUUGAAUAUUCUAAUUUCAGUAUUCGAUACUAAUAGAGAAGAAAUUAAAAUUAUAAUGCUUCCAAUGCACAUUAGAUACCACAUAUCCUGAAGUCUGUUUUCUAGAGUAGGAUAAAAAAAGGGGAGCUUUCUGUUCUGAAAGCUACAGAAUUAUGUUACUAAAAAUGUUUGUCAUUGAAAUAAUUUUCCUAGGCCUUUUUUGAGAAGCAAAAACAUUCUAAGAUUAAAAGUCAUUACUGAUAUUUAAUAUGAACGUUCAAUUUAAGAUUGUCUCAUGGAAUCUUAUAGCAUAUAUGUUAUUUGGUUAGACAUAAAAAACAAAGUGAACCAUCCAAGUUAUUUUUAAGUACUGUUGUCUAUAGUGAAUUCUAAUACUGUCUGAAUAAUAAUUUGCUAUUAAAACUUAGUAAUGUAAUGAUUGAAGUCUUUAGAAGAACCAGUAGUUAAAAUAAAUACGUGAGAUCAAUAUAAUCAUAAAAAUAUCAAUAGAAUUAAUUUAAAAAUUCUGUUUAAAUAUAAACAUGAUUCAAUUCUUAAAUUGUUCUCAUUUAAUAUAUAUUUUUGAACUGUAUUGUUUUGUCUAGUGCAUGGUCAACUUGGUGAUGGCAGCUGUAAGAGCUCACAGUUUUAGCACAGCAAGUGGCAAGAUUUCUAUCAGCUACCCUCGUGGGAGGUAGAAAGACUGUACUUUCUCCAGCCCUGGAGAACUGUACCUUUCUCCCCACUUUUUGUUAACAAAGGUCAGAUGAGCAUCAAAGGAAGGAACUAGCAGAUAGUGAGUGAAGUUGAGCAAUAAUACCCAUUAAUUUGAUUUUGCUGGACGUGAUUUACCAUUUUUAUGACUAAUUUUUUCUUUUGAAAUGGCCUCAAUAUGUUGCCCAUACUGGCCUCAAACUCCUGGGUACAAGUGAUCCUC